AUGACCACAAACAUUGCUGAAUCCCUCAACAAAGUCUUGAAAGAGUGUAGGGAAUUUCCUUUAAUCUCAAUUCUUGAGGCCAUACGGAUGAGUCUAAUCAGCUGGUUCGUACGGAGAAAAGCUGCAUCCGCCGCAGAGCAACAUUCUAUCAAUCAUAAAGUCUGUGACGUGAUGGACGAGAACUACCAUGAUUCCACCGAGUUAAAGGUGGUUGUGGUCGGAGAGGAUGAGUACGAAGUUUAUAAUAGACAGGGGGAAAGGUUCGAAGUGAACCUUGUUUUAAAGACGUGCAGCUGCAGGGAAUUUCAAAUGCUUCUCAUACCAUGCCGCCAUGCAAUGGCAGCUUCUUCGUUGAGCAAAAUAGAGUUAGAUAAGCUCGUAGGGGAGGUGUACACCACAAGGUACCGACGGUCCCUUUACGAAGGAGCUUUCCAUCCAGUACCAACUCCUGUAAAUUCUGGUGGGACCGAACUACUACCACCAUUGAUGCGCCGUCCCCCAGGGCGACCAAGGAAAACAAGGAUCCUAUCUCGUGGAGAGUUUAAGUUCUCUAACUUAACAGAGGCGUUCGAGGAAGGCAGCGAGGGUUUGCAGCAGAUGUCUUGGAAAGGGACACAACAAAGUUUCAUGCAAACUACCGGUGCAUGA